CAAACUCGACGAAUCGCCAUCAUGAUAUACAACAGAAAUAAUGUGACUGACAUCCCCAGUGUGGACCUUUUGACCUUUCUGUUUGAAUGCAAUCAUUGCGCAGCAAAAGAAGAUACACCUUUAUAUGCAGAAGCCUGUGACUCUACUAAAGUCAUCACAAAAUCGAGAGCGCGAGUUCUCACUCGUCAAAUUGCUUAUUUCCUGCGCCUUGAGUAUAGCAUCGGUCAGCACGGUGCCGGGGAAGACGUAGUGGCUACGUUUUCUACUGGCCAACACGCACUUGCAUGUGUAUUUUUCGGUGUCAUUGCUGCCGAGGGCGUGUACUCGGCUGCAAGUCCAGGUGCCACAGUCGAGGAACUCGUGCGACAGAUCAAAGACGGAGCAGCCAAAGUCCUCGUCUGCAGUUCUGAUGUCAAAGCUCUAGCAGAAGCCGCUGCAGAAACAGUGGGCAUGUCGAAACGAAACGUGCUUGUCCUUUCAUCGACCCCGGAGAUCAGAUUGGAAAGCAUUGAUGGGAGUGUUUGUUGCGAAUUUGAGCAGGAGCUUGCUUGGAGAACAAUCACCGAUCCAAAAGAAUUGGAACAGAGCAAGAUUUGUAUGCUCUACUCAUCUGGAACUACGGGUCUGCCGAAGGGUGUUCUGAUUUCGCAUACCAACAUGGUAGCAGAAGCCUUUCUACCCGCCUACAUCAACCGACCCAUCUGGCAAGAGUGGGCGAUUGCAGGAAAGCCUUUCGAAUUACGCACUCUGGCACAUCUUCCCACAGCCCAUGUUUCCGGCGUGCAAGGAUACUUUGUUUAUCAUUGUGCAAAAUUUGGAGGUGAGGGAGAGGAUAGGACGCUGCUUAGCCAGACCUGGGGUGCGAGCGAGACUACUGGCGCUGUCACUCAUGUUUCUCCUGCAAUGAGGGAGACUUCUGGUAGCGUAGGAGCACUGCUGCCGAACAUGUUGAUGAGACUGGUCGACGAGAAUGACCAAGAUGUUUCUGUCGGCGAGCCCGGUGAGGCGUUACUCAAAGGUCCAGUCAUCACACAAGGUUACCACAACAACCCCGAGGCAGAUGCGUCUGGCUUCACUCAAGACGGUUGGUAUCGCACAGGGGAUAUGAUGCAACUCGGAGAGAACAAUGAGCUUCUAUACGUAGUAGGACGCACNAAAGGUGAGUUUGUCAUUCCAACUCAAUCGUUCGAAACCAGACUAAACGAACUUCGCCAGGAAAUCAUAAACCAUAACGGACUCAAAGUUGCACCUGCUGAGCUGGAAGCAAUCCUCUGCGAACAUCCAUCCGUCGCCGACGCAGCUGUGGCUGGAGUCGUAGCUCAAGAUACAGAGAUCCCACGCGCUUUUGUUGCGCUGCGCCCCGGAGCCGAUGAUUGUCAGAAGACUGCAGAUAAUAUCCAAGAUUAUGUCAAGCAGCGCGUGUCGGAUCACAAACAACUGCGUGGUGGUGUGAUCUUUGUGGAAACCGUGCCUCGAUUGUUGUCAGGCAAAGUGUGGCGGGCCAAGCUGAAGGAAAUGGUGGCAAGCCAUUGA